GCUUCUGAAGCUAUUUGUGAGGAGGUGUCAAGAUGGCGGCCCUGUGGGGCGGUGGUGCGGGACAUGCGGGGGCUGGGGGAACUCUCCCUAUACAAGGUGCCUCGGAGCCUUUGGUGGGCAGUAGCUUUUCUUCUACACAGUAUUUACUGGCAGAGGAUUUGCACUUGGCAUCACUGGAAACAGAAACCAUCCUUGAAGCUGGGGAAUUCCUGGAAACAAUGCAGGACUACUUAGACUCUUCUGUCAUUUCCAUCAUUGAAGAUUUCAGCAGUUUGACUGAGGCAAAAAGCCACAUGGAUGCAGAGAAUGAAAUAUCCCUGUUGACUGCAAUAACAGAUAUUCUUGAUAGCACGGAUGAUGAGGCUCUGUCUCCCUUUGAUCCUAUUCCUGAAUCUGAAUUGCUAACAUCACCCAGAGAGCUUGAGAAUUCCUCGUUUCAGAGAUUGCUCAGUUUGUCUGUGACACCCCGUGAACAAAACUUACACAAUAUUGAGAGUUUCCAGGAGCCUGGGCUGUGCACCAUUAUCUCGAAGAAGGUUGAAGCCAGUACUACCGGCAUUCCCUUCUUGUUAACUUCAAGUUGUCCCAAACAAUCAGCUUCUUCAAACAAAGUGAGUAACAAAGCAUUCUUGGGGGAACAGAAGGUCUUCAAGAAUAGAGAACAAGAGUCAGCUGUGCUACAGAGCAGUGAUGGAGAGGAAGAGAAAGAAGAGGUUGCAAGAGGCUGUAGGCAGAGUUUUAUGGCAGGUGUGAAGGAGAUAGCACUGGCAACAACGGGACCUGGGAGAGACCUUGAUGAACAUGAUGGUCCCUAUAUCAUUACCCCAGAAAAUAUUUCCCUUGAUGAGCUGGUGAGAUCAGUGCACUCUUACUGCCAGUCCACCCGCACUGUAUGCCCGAGUCCUGACAGUCAGUCCCUUGCUGAGGAGAAUCUCACAGGCCCACUUGUCUUAGAGAUAAUGCCUAAUGGAGGAGAGAGCAUGGAGACCGAGCUCACAUGCACAGUGGAUAGCAACUGCACAACUGGCCUUGUGAAUAGUGAAGCAGGACUUUCGGUCCCUGCCCUGGGAAAAGAAUUGCCUGAACACAUGAUCAGAUACACAAGUCUAGACAGAGAGCUGGACUCAUGCAAACAAGAUGAGAAGGUGGUUAAGGCUGCCCUUCCAAACAUAAAAGGUGCCCAUCCACAGAUAGGGGAGGACACUCAGAAAUCAGUAGAUAAUCAAGCGGAUACAUCUGAUACACCUGCUUCGGAGGCACCAAAAAAUACAAAGCUCGUUGCCUCAAAGAACAGUCAGGUAUCUACAGGCAUCAAAAAGAAGAAGAAGAAAUCCAGUGAGGAAACGAAGUAUCACAAGACCAUAACCUGCAAACAAGUGUCUGCCUGUGCUCGAAAGGAGACCAGGAUUAAUCCAAGGAAAUCUAUGUCAGAUUCUAGUAAAAAAAAAGAACUGGAGAAAACUGGAGGGAAAGAAUUGCUCCUUAACCAAGAAUCCCAGACAAAGGAAAUGCUUGAUACUCAGGUGGAGUGGUCAAAAUGCGUGAGAGAGGUAGGGUCCAAAAAUCCACUUGUGUCAGGCUUAGAAAGUACAGGGACCUUGCCAUAUCCAGAGGAGCCUACACAAAAUUUGGGGAAAUCAGACCUCAUGCCUAUAGUGCAGGGGGAUGUCCCAGAAGAGCCCCAUGAAAACAGCCAGUUCGUCCUACCAGUGAAUGAGAUGUCUAGUUCAGAAAGUUCCCAACUGCUCCCUGGUUGCACUGUGGACCUGACAGGGCAGCCAACCAAGGAUACUCCUUACUCUGAAAAUAAGGAAGUCAGCUGUCCCCCGAGGGAAAUUAAACCUCGGCCUCUCAGCUUGAGUGAAUACAGGCAGCGCCGGCGGCAGCACCAGUCUAAUAAUGACAGUACCCAGAACACCAGAGAGAACCAGAGUGCCAGCAAGUGGCCCAGUGUUUCCAAGCUCCCCACAGAGUUGGCUGACCUUCCUUGCCUGCGAGCUGCUCUGCCAUCCACCAGAGCUGCAGCACCUAAACUGGUGAAGGAGCCGGAAAAGCCGGCUGGUUCCUCCUCUACUCUUGCCCCUGAUGACAAAGCAAGUGCUCUACCUCUUUCCAUGCUCUCUUCCACUACAACUCCUAUACCAAGAGAUCCUCCAUCUUUGCAGUUUCUUUCACCCACACCCAUUCCUCUAGUGCCUCCUAGUAAAAUAUGUGCUUUCUCUCAUGUUGGGCCACAAGUGCCUCCAGCAUUGCCCGUACCUCAUGUGCCACCAGCCCCAGAGGCUUUCCUACCAGCUCCUCUUAAUCACUACAAUUUGGGCUCAUCCCAACCACCAGGAUCUUCCUGGUCUCACUUUGCUCUUCUGCCAGCUAAUUACCAAAGCCUGCCACCUCCACCUCCUGCUAGUGAGGCUUGUUCUCCUGUCUUCCAUACAGUUCCCCCAUUGCUCCCUCCAACAUGGCCUCCCCCACCUGUUCCUUUGCCUUUUGUUCCAGCCCUGCCUUAUGGCUCUGUUGAGUGGGCUCCACUGCCGCAGUCUUCCUACUGGUCUGGAAUUCAGGUGCCACCUCCGGUGUUGCCCAUCCCAUAUGGAGAUCAAGGAGGUCUUAGGCAAAGUCCCCAGGUUGGCACUUUAUCUGCCUCAUCUCUUCCUGAUGGAUUUCUUGGCCAGCAGAAUACAGUUUUAACACCACAGCCCUCCUGCAUUGGACUUCAAAAUGUGGCAGUCAGUGAGAAACAAAGCCUGCCUGUCCAGGUAUCCCAAGUAGAUGCUCCUUCAGCAGUCACGGCAGCUCCCCGAAAAGUAUCUGACCCAAGGAGACAAACAUAUACUGUCCCAUCCCAAACUGAAGUAAUUUCAAGCAGUUCCCAAUCACUGGAAAAGCCACUUUUGUCUCCAUCAGUUGUUAAGCCUUCAAAAGAAACAGCAUUGACUCAGCAUGGGAGGAAGAACUCUGUCCUGCAAUCCUUAGGGGAGCCCCUUCCUGUGCCUCCUUCCCAGCAAGUGCUGGGAGAACUUGCUGGUAAACUGAAGUUCUCAAAAGAAAAUUCCUAUUUUCAACUUGUAGAGGAGAACUCUGAACUCUCUGGCUCUGUGGAAACUACUACUAUUACUGUGGCUCAAAGCAACAACAAGCCACCGGAAGAGGAACAUUCUUCCCUUUCAGCUUCCUUGGCACCUGGAAAACAAAAGGGGCCAGAUGAAAUCCUGUCAGAUGUCACAGAACUUGCCCCAGUUGCUCCCAGUUUCUCAACAUCAUCAGGGUCCCAGACAGUACACGAAAAUGGCCAUCUUUCCAAGAAAACAUCAUCUGUGUGGAAACACCAGCCUUUCAUCAGUUCUGCACAGCACAAGCAUGAUAAAGACCUUGUUCAGUCAUUUAUCAGUGAGAUUGGAAUUGAGGCCUCUGACCUAUCUAACCUGCUAGAGCAAUUUGAAAAGACUGAAGCCGAAGCUGAAACUUCAGCUGUGUCAAAGAAAAAUAAAUCUACAGGGAACAAUGGGUUUGAGGCACAGUGGGAAAAGACAAUGAUGGACCGGCUUCACGCACCAGAGCUUAUCAAUGUUGCAGGUUUGACUCCACCAGCCACUCCACCCCAUCAGCUGUGGAAACCUUUGGUAGCUGUCUCAUUGCUGGGAAAGGAUGGGUCCCAAAAAGAUACCAGGCUUUUGAAAUCCCUAAACAAAUCUCACCGGAAAGCUCCAACCCCUGUCCAUGUAGGGUCUGGUGAGCAUGACUAUUGUCAGCUAACUGUUGCUCAGCCAAAGGGAGGUGCCAGAUGGAAUGUCAAACAAAGCUUAGAUAUCACUAUAAAACCUAUUAAGACAUUAACAAGACAAGUGCUAGAUCAGUCCCCUGCUACUGUUAGAUUGAACCCUGUAGUUCCUGCUUGUCAGAAUCCUAAAGAAAUUACCAACCAUGUUGAUUCCAAUAAGGGCCAGACCAAAGACUCCAGGACUGUUACAACUGACUUGAAACCUACCACCCCAAACUUACCAUUGUUGGAGACCAGCCUUAUACGUCCAUGCAAAGAGGUGUUGGACCACUGGACUACUAUUCCAAGGUCCAUGAGUAGGGGCAGUGAUGAUCCAUGCUCUGUACUGCUGUCACCAGCUGCAUCCCCUUGCCGAGAUUCAGGAGAAUCAAUAUUACAGCAACCUCAGGAGGUUCAGCAGAAACCUCUCACUUCCAAACACUCCUUAAGAUGCUACCGGAGCAGAGAGAGAUCAGUCAGUCCCAAAAGGCGCAGGUGGAAAAGCCAACGAAACCACACCAGCCGAUCCUUCAGUUCAAGCUCUGACGGUGACAGUGACUCUUCUUCUUCAUCGUCGUCAUCGUCGUCGUCAUCCUCUCCCUCAUCACAGUCACGUUCUCAGUCUCCACCAUCCAAGCGCUGGCGAAGAUGUCGCUCACGGAAUUCCAGCUCUUCUUCCACUAAAUGGAGCCGGUCAAGGGGCAGGUCCCGCUCUCCCUCCAACUCCUCUUAUGUAUCAAGAUCAUCUUCCCGGUCCCCUUCUUUGUACAGAAGGAAUAGCUGCAGAAAAAGCUACAAUUCCAGCAGUUCCUAUGAACUCUACCAAAGGCAGAAAAACAGAUAUAAAGAACGUGCAAUAGAGGAACGCCGUGUUGUCUUCAUUGGGAAGAUCCACAACAGGAUGACACGUUCAGAGUUGCGACACCGUUUCUCUGUGUUUGGGGACAUUGAAGACUGCACACUGCACUUCCGGGAGCAUGGGGACAACUAUGGUUUUGUGACUUACCGAUAUGCUGAGGAGGCCUUUGCUGCUAUAGAGGGUGGACAUGCACUGCUUCGUCCUGGUGAACAGCCGUUUGAUCUGUGCUUUGGAGGACGCCGGCAGUUCUGUAAAAGAAACUAUGCUGACUUGGACUCCAGCCAAGAUGACUUUCAACCUGCCGCUCUAAAGAACAACUAUGAUGCUCUUGACUUUGACACCUUAUUGAAGCAGGCUCAGCGAAGACUGCGGAGGUAGCGCUAGUUCUCCUGGGCUCGCUUGCCCAGUAGGCCUCUGCCUGCACCAGCCUUACCUCAGAUUGGUUGCAAGGGCAAAUGCGCCCCCAGGCCCAGCUGCUAUGUCCAGCAUGAUUUUGUAACAAAAUACAAACACAAAUAAUUUUUAUCCUGGGUUUUUCCUAACAGCUAUUUAAGUGGAAAGAUACUUUGUUUAACAAGUGGGAUAGGAAUGGAAAUACACUGUCCACUUAAUUGCUAUGCAGAUAAUAAAAUCCCAACUAUAGACUUAACAAA